CCCCUCUCACCCCCCCUGCCUGUUGAGUGCCUUGGACAUGUCCAGCUAUAUAAGCCCGCCUGGCUUGGCCCCCUCGUUCAAGAUGAAGUACACCCCCGCCACCUGGAAGAUUCACUUGUUCUUCCUUCUCCUCCUCCUCUCUCUCCUGUGCACGCUGCUCUUCGGCCCCGUGUCGACUCUUGCCUGCCCCUCCCCCGCCACCACCACCACCCUCAUCAUGUCUGCCCCCAUCAAGGUCGUCGUCUUCCUCGGCUCCGUUCGCGAGGGCCGCAACGGUAUCCGCCUGGCCAACAUGAUCCUCAACACCCUGCGCAACCGCAACAUCGAUGUUGAGUUCGCCGACGCCGCCGACUACAACCUGCCCGUCUUCCAGAAGUACGGCUUCCAGUACACCGCUGAGGACCUGUCCGACACCCAGACCUCCAAGCUGGCCGCCCUGCGCAACCACAUCCGCGAGGCCGACGCCUUUGUCGCCGUCACCGGCGAGUACAACGCCAACCUGCAGCCCGGCCUGCUGAACCUCAUCGACUCCUUCGUGCCCGAUGACUAUGCCAAGCGCCCGGUUGCCAUUGCCUCCUACUCCAUUGGUCCCCUGGCUGGCGCCCGCACCCACGGCCUGUCCCGCGCUCUGUUCGGCAACCUCGGUGCCUUUGUCAUCCCCAAGAUCGUCGCCGUGCCCACCAUCCACGAGGCCAUCUCCGAGGAGGGUGCCGAUCUGACCCCCAACAAGUUCCACGAGACCGCCAUCGGCGACCUCAUCACCGAGCUCACCUGGUAUGCCGAGGCCAUCGCCGCCAAGCGCAAGAACGACUCCGCUUAAGCGUCUCGGCGCCCGACACAUAUGACAGCCACAUGCGUGCGUGUCCCCCCCCCCCCCUCCUUCUCUCUCUCUCUCUCUCUCAC